AUCUUAUCCUUUGCUUUCUUUCCCUUUCUUUUUGGGUGAGAAGAGGGAUAACACCACACAACAAAAAGUCUCUCUUUCUCUCUCUCUAAAAUCUAUGAAUCAAUUCGCUUCUUGACAUCUUCCGCCUUCUCUUCCCCUCCUCUCUCUCUUGGGAAGAAGAAGAAAGAAGAAGAAAUUUGUAUAGAGAGGGAGAGAGAGAGAGUCGACACGAAGAUUUUAUCCGAGAGAAGGGGAUAUACAUCGCCAAACCAUGGACUCUGCACCACCAACAGCAAUCAAUGAUAAGGAGUCGAUGGUCGAUCCCUUCUUGGUCGAGGCUCUACAGAAUCCACGCCACCGUCUCACCAUUUUACGGAUGGAACUAGAUAUUCAGAGAUUCUUACAAAACCCUGAUCAACAACAAUUUGAAUUCCAGCACUUCCCUACUUCAUAUCUUAGGCUUGCUGCACACCGUGUUGCUCAACACUAUGGGCUGAUAACCAUGGUACAGGAUAAUGGCAUAGAUGGCUUGGCAAAUAAAAUUCUGGUAAAGAAAACAGCACAAAGUAGAUAUCCUCCGGUGUGCUUAUCUGAAAUUCCUGCUAAACGGUUGGAAAGUGAUAAACCUGAGCUGCUUAAGAUUGCUAUCAGGCCAAGGCCUAAUAAAGGGUCUGAAAAUGAAUCUAGUGAAUUUGGGAUCAAACGGAGUCCUGUGAGAAGUGUGGAAGAGAGAAAGGAGGAGUAUGAUAGGGCAAGAGCUCGCAUCUUCAGUAGCCCUAGCAGUCCCAACUCAGAUGAUACAGUAUCUCAGGGUUAUGUAGACAGAAAAAGCACAAGUGUAAGCAAGGAUGAGCAGGAAGGUUGCAGGAAUUCUGUAAGUGAGCCUGAAAAAUAUAUUUGCUCCAGGGAUUAUGCACCAUCUCGAGUUGCCAUUUUCAGGGAUAGAGAGAAGGAUCGUACUGAUCCAGAUUAUGAUCGGAGCUAUGACCGGUAUGUAAGAAGCCUUCCAACUAAUCAAAACUUCAACUUGGCACCAUUCGAUAUGCAGAAGAUUCAACUCCCGUUUGUGCAGUAUGAUACUGGUUUCACUCAGUUGGGUCAGAUGCCAAGGACUCAAACUUCUCUUGGCUACAGGCCUGCUACGACCCAAGUUAUGAACCCUUUCUGUGCAGUAGGAUCAAAUCAAGCAUCAAGAGAUGCUGCAUAUGUUCAAUGGCCAAGUGCUGCAAUGAUGUAUGCUCAUUCAUAUGAGCAGUUUAGACAUGCUGUUUUCCAGGCUCCAUGCUUUCAGCAACCUCUAAGUUUCGAUUACUCUCAAAACCAUUAAGUGUCUGCUAGAUUGGAAUUGUAUUACUGAUCUACCUGCAAAUUCUCUACACUUCUAGGAAGUUCCAUGUUGGUAGGAGAAUUCCAAAUCCCUGUGUUGCAAACCUUUUGUUCCAGUUAAAAUUAUGGUUUCUGCUUGCUUCUCUUUGCGGACCUUUUAUUAGUGUGUUAGUGAGUGCAUUCUCUGUGGAUCUUUUAUUGAUGUGAUAGUGUACACUACUCUUUUGCCUGCCA